AUGGGAAAUCAUAACACAAAAAAUACUUCAAAAGGUUCCCAUUCCUAUGCAUCAUCUUCAUCUUUUACAUCAACAACAUUAGCGAUUACGACAUCACCACCAUCAUCAACAAUAAAACGACCUUUAUUAAGACCAAUGAAAUCAUUAAAUUUAUCAUUGUUAUCAUCACUCAAGUCAUCACCUUUAUCACCAUCAUCAUUACAAGUUAAAAGACCUUCAUUACCAACCUUCAGAUAUGUCGAGGGAAGAAGAUAUCAAAACUUUGUUGGUGAAAAUAUAAGAUAUCAAAUGCCUGAUGAUAACGAAGAACACGAUAGAUUACAAAGGCAGCAUUUCCUAUUUAGAUAUUUAUGGAAAUCAAACUUUUCUUCUCCAAUGGAAGAUUUAUUGAAACGCGGAAAUUGUAAAACGCUUGAUAUUGGGUGCGGGCCGGGAGCCUGGUUGAUGGAAUGUGCAAAUGAUUAUCCGCGCUCUGAUUUUGUAGGAAUUGAUGUUGUGGCUUCAUUUCCAACACAA